AUGGCCAUUCGUCAUAUCUUUACAACAGCCAGUCUUGCACUGGCCCUCGUCAAAACAAAUGCUGAGAAUUCGGCUUCAGGAAAUUACGGAUACACGACUGCGUACGACUACAUCGUUGUAGGAGGAGGAGCUUCUGGAAUCAUCGCAGCUCAAAGAUUCGUAGAACGAGGGUCAUCUGUACUUCUUCUUGAGCGAGGUGGUCCUUCUUUCUUUUCAUCAGGCGGCAAUUACACUCUUUCGUGGAAUAAUACUGUCACUCCUUUCGACGUCCCAGCCCUCGGAGCUUCAAUCGGUGAUUUUCCCGGCCUUAAUGCGUUUUGCGACGAUACCCCCGACCUGUCGGGCUGUGUUUUGGGUGGCAGCACAGUCGUGAAUAGCUUGAACUACAUAAACCCAUCGCGUGAUGACUUUGAUGCGGUUUGGCCGGAAGGGUGGCGAUGGGACGAUAUUCAAACCUCAGCUGCGAAACUUUACAAGCGAAAUCCAGGAACCAUUACCCCAUCCUCAGAUGGCCGUUAUUACGAUUCCGCUGUGUAUAAUGUUCUAUCGAAAGAGCUUACUCAGGCAGGUUACAACUCGGUCAAUACUAUCGCGAAUCCGAACGAUAAACAGAAGAUCUACGGGCACAGCGCAGAAAACGUUAUUAAUGGACUUCGUGCUGGCCCCGUACGCACAUACUUGCCCUUGGCGCAGGGCAAGCCGAAUUUCAAACUUGAAUUACAUACAAGAGUUAUCCGUGCGGUCCGCAAGAAUUCGACAGUCACUGGCGUCGAAGUUAUCGACAAGAGCAAUCAGCGAAGGAUCAUUAACAUUAAGAAGGGCGGUAAAGUCAUUUUUGCUGCAGGCGCUAUGUCCACACCUCGCCUUCUCUUCAAUUCAGGUAUUGGCCCUAUCGCUCAAAUCAACGUUGCAAAGGCAGCCAAUGUCACACUUCCCGAUGAGAGUGUCUGGAUUAUAAGCCCUGUGGGCGUGCGAAUUCAGGAUCAUGCGGCUCUUUUUGCGACAUUCAACGUAACUGGUGGGAAUAUGAAAGGAUUGACUAACAGCGAAAUAAAAAAUCCUAGUCAAGAGAACAUCGAUCUGUUCGCGAAAGGCUCAGGCGUGCUCGCAGAAGCACCAUUCCGUCUCAACACAUUCAGGACCGUGACAACCAGCGAUGGCCACAAAAUCAUGAUUCAAACGCAUUGCUUCUCAAGAGCGAACAAUCAGAUCUCUGUCAUCUAUCAGGUUACAUUAGGAACCACAACAGUAGGCAGUAUGGCUAUGGACGCCGCCGGGAAAGCUAUUUACACCAAGAGUGCCCUACUGCAAACGGCUGCAGACAAAGAAGCCCUUGCCAUUGAACUCGACAACUGGCUCGCCAUCACCCGUACUCCAGGAUCAAGACUAGUAUACUCUGGCGGGCCAAAUACCAACGGCGCAGAAAUCAUUAAGAUGAACGGAAUUAGCACUGGAUACCAUGUCACAAGCUCUACAAUCAUGGGCACUGACGACGGUACCAAGGGCGGAAAAAGCGUCGUUGAUACAAACUGCAAAGUGUAUGGUACAGAUAACUUGUUUGUGAUUGAUCUUGGAAUCCACCCCAAGGUUCCGAGCGGAAACACCAUGGUUAUCACUAUGAUUGCGGCCGAACAUGCAGUUACGAAGAUUCUUGAGCUCGAAUCUAAGGCUGGUAGCUCUGGUUAA